GAUGAAGACGAUUUUCUAUUAGACAUUUAGUACAGUCUAGUUGUGAUGGUCAAAGUACUGUGAGCUCUGUGUAAUUUUAUAGCUGAUUUUGCAGUGAUUGAUGAUGCGUGCGGGUAUUGUGAACAUGCAUUUCAUGGCGCAGUAUGGGGCAGGUACAGUUCAUUCAAAUGUUAACGGGCUGGAUGUAAAACCUCAACACUGUAAGAAAACAACUUUAGUUCAACUUAUUUUUGUGCCAGCUAAACAGACGCGUGCCUGAUUAUGUUGCCACAUAAAUCCGUCUUGAAUCAUUUCGGCCUAAAUCGGCAGGUUUGGAUUUUGCAAUGAAUAGCCUACAGCUUUUUUUUUUUUAUUUUUUUUUUUGAAUACGUUUUUUUUUUUUUUUUUUAACUAACUAAAAUUUGUCCAAAUUGUAGGCUACGGUGUAUCCUGGAACGUUCACCAUUAAUGAGAACGCAUUCAAAUCUGAGGCUGUGGUGCGAUGUGGGAGGCAUGAAUCAUUUGGUGUUUUCACAUCAUGUAGAGGCGUUUUUAAAGACGAAUUUCAAUAGAGAGCAAGACCAGGCUUAAUCAAUUAUGCAGAAACAAUAAGGAAAUAAAUUGAGUCUGUGCAAUGCUAUAACAACCACCCAUGAACUAAAAUUAAUUCUAUUUUCAGACUAACUCUGGCUUCUGCAGAAAAACAGUUUAUUGCAGCUGCAGUGGAUAAAUGGCACCAAGACGCACGACUCGGUCCUUUGUUCAGUGCGUAAUGACGCUUAACAAGCGCUACCGUCGCUACAGCGAACAGAAAACAAAUUGUCUCUGUUAUGGGCUUCUUUCUUUUGAGCAUAAUGCCCAGGGCAAUGUGAAGCUGUGAGGACGGCGAGUGCCUGUCACAUAAUAACAGUCUGCGGCCCGAGUGACCACCAGACCGGGACAAAGCUCCACCAAACCUUGUCCUGUGUGGACCCCUGGAGCCCGAGGUUCAGGCAGAAUGAAGGCUCUCAGCAAGUGACACCCUGGGGUGCGCCUCCGUGUUUCCUCUCCCCCCCUGUCAGACUAAGGCGCUGAUAAGGCCUCUAUCACCUCUAUCUAUCUCCUGAUUGCCACGGGCUCCUCUGGAGACACGAGCUGCAGUCUGAUCCGAGGGGGACCAGCAGCUCCAGACGCUCAGAGAUGCCGCGCUCCUUCAUGGUGAAGAGUAAAAAGGCGCACAGUUACCACCAGCCCCGGAGUUUAGAGGAUGACUACAGCAAGCUGGACACUAUACUGGCGCACAUAUGCUCAGAUGCCGACUGCCCUCCGUGCGUCCUGUCAGAAGCAGAUAAGCUCCCAGACGACACCGACAUGUCGCUGGACAGGUACGGCCUCUCUCCGGACUCCCACCUGGCCGACGCGGCCGAUUUCUCCCCGAAGUCCACGCUGAGCUGCGCCGACAGUCUGUGCGGUGACGGCCGCUCCACGGACUAUGAGGAGGACUUCUGGAGGCCUCCGUCCCCCUCUGCAUCCCCGGCUGAUUCAGAGAAAUCCCUGUCUCCUCUGGUGGAGGAGACCCAGCCCUUCACUGUUCCCUUCCGGCCGUAUGCCUGGAGCAGCUAUCCGGGGCAGGGGCUGAGGCCCCAGGUGCAGCAGAGCCUCCAUCCCGGCAUGGAGGUGGACAGGGACCCGGCGGCGAUGGCCUUCUACGGGGACAGGAGCGCCCGCUCAGCUCUGUACGCGGACCGGACUCUGGGCGAGGAGACUUACGGUGACUACGGGAGGCACGCGGCUGCUCUGCUGUUUUCUGAGGGAGGCCUGCGUGGGAAACCCCAUAACGUGAAGGCGCAGUCCGAGCUGCUGUGCUCCAGUCUGAUCCUCAAUGGUGCUUACAAGUGUGUCAAGUGCAGUAAGGUGUUUUCUACUCCGCACGGUUUGGAAGUCCACGUCCGCAGAUCGCACAGUGGCACCAGGCCUUUUGCGUGUGAAAUCUGCGGCAAAACCUUCGGACACGCAGUCAGCCUGGAACAACAUAAAGCUGUGCACUCUCAGGAAAGAAGUUUUGACUGCAAAAUAUGCGGUAAAAGCUUUAAAAGGUCGUCCACUCUGUCGACGCACCUGCUCAUCCACUCCGACACUCGGCCAUACCCCUGCCAGUACUGCGGGAAGAGGUUCCACCAGAAGUCAGACAUGAAGAAACACACUUUCAUCCACACAGGUGAGAAGCCACACAAGUGCCAGGUGUGUGGGAAAGCGUUCAGCCAGAGCUCCAACCUCAUCACGCACAGCAGGAAGCACACCGGAUACAAACCUUUCGGCUGCGACCUCUGCGGCAAAGGUUUCCAGAGAAAAGUGGACCUGAGGAGACACAAAGAGACGCAGCACGGACUGAAAUGAAGCGAACUGAACCGCGAUCACUGCACAAAACAUGUCACAUAAUCAGAGUUUUGAGUCUUUAAAUUAUUAUUCUUGAAACGAGUGAGGACAUCUGGCAAAGACAUUUUAGGCCGAGGACAUUUUCGCCUUUUUUUUUUUAAAUUCCCAAUCGCCCAGCUUCAGGACAUUUUUCUUGGAUCAAGAUUCACCUUGAUCCACUUUUAGCUUUGUAAAAACUUAACGUGAAAGUGCAUUGGAAAUAUAUAUAAUGCUCUCAGCCGAUAGGCAGAUUUUUUAAUUUAUUUUAAUAAGGAAAACGUAUACGUCUCCUGAAUACGACUGUAUGUUUAAACAAACGACUUCUUCUGACGGACAGUUUGCAGUGUGAAGACAUCGGCAACACUAAUUAUUUCCCCUUCCUACUGCAGAUUCUUGUGAAGGUCCAGAAAACCAGAGAUAAGCUGUGAACUGUAAAAAACAAAAAAAAAAAACAAAAAAAAAAAUACGUUCAUCAUGUUUGUAUGUCGACUGAUAUGAAUCAGCUUCAGUGGGCAUUAAACCCAAAAUAUUUGUGCUCACACUUAAAUAACCGGGCCGACAGUACAGCCAGCGGAGAUGAAAAUCUGCGCUGCUCCAAAGAACGGAGGCAUUUUGUUUUCCGUUUGGAGACACGCUGGCAAAACAGCCUCCUCACACUGUGGGAUUUAAUAAACACGAAGCUGUUAUCUUGCACAUUUUAGUGUCAGAAUUAACUUUAUGUCGUUUACAAAUAAAUAUCAUUCCCUCCCAGGCUAUUUUAUUUUGCUGGUUGGUUUUAUUGAAAUAAUAAAAAAUAAAAAUGCAAUAAAAUCUAAAAGUGGAAUGAGCUAAGAUGACUUCUUCUCCAAAUGAAGGAUAUGUGCCCGACAGCUAGAAUAGUUCACUGGUCAUUUCAUCACCAAAAGUAUAGCAAAUUAUUAUAUUAUAUUCCCCGGAAUUGGACUUUUUUGAUACUUUGCAAAAAGUGUAUUUUAUUAAGCGCUAUUUUACAUAAUAAGCCUAUUAUUCUCAGUAGUAGUGGGACAUUUCGCUUUACUCGUUCAGCGACACUACGGGCUGAUAAGAUCUUUGCUUUUCAGGCUGUUUAGGUUCAUUCCAACAUGAAAACAGAGGGCCGGGACAUCGAACCAUCCUGCUGCCGUGAUUGUGACUGCCCAGGGGCUUCCGAGGCUCCUGUUUGUUUUGACCACUGUAGCCAUGUGUUUGAACCUUAAACAGUCUGAGCAGAUUUAACCGUUAACCAGAUGCCUUUUACCCUCAUGGCUGUUAUUUCAAAAAAUAAUAAUAAUUUUAAAAACAACAACAGCAACGGGUUUUGGCAGGAAGCUGGCAGAACCUGCAGCAGCUGUGAUCCUCUGAGGUGCUGGUGCUGGGGAUUGAAAUACUUUGCUACAGUUCUGUUAUAAGUGAUGAGCGGAAACGAAUCAAAUCUGAGGCCUCUGAGGCCACUGGCAAAAAAAAAGCUAAACACAUUCCAACAAAUAAAAAAAAGAUAGUGGCAGUAUAUGGACAGUGACACAAGGGUGGGAAAUAAAGUAGGUGGGAUAAGAGUGACUUCCGUUCAGUCAUCCUCAGAAGGUGUCAACCAUAAAUUUGAAACCGAAUGAAUCACCCUUACCUGAAAAGCAUUUCACCUCCACAUACUAUUAUUUUCACAUAAGCUCCAUCACUGUGGUACUGUUUUGCACUGAUGCUUUAGGCUCGAGUCACACAUGUGUAAAAGUGGCACUACGUCCUCGACAUGAGCAGCUGUCUUAAUAAUUACUGUCACCAUUUGAUUCUUUCACGGUCUCAUCUUUUUGAACUCUGACAAGGCAAAAGGGAAAACUAAGAGGAACAAUCAGUUAGUCCUCUUCCCUCAACAUUGAUUGAAAUCACUGACUCACAAGGAUUUUUUAUGCCUCACUUCCCCCAAAAUCGUACAACAUCCAGGCCUGCGAAAAUACUGAAUAUUUUAAACCCCCGAGAUGAACAGACUAAAGGAGGACAGGAAAAGGCAAGCUCGUUUAAAGCAAGACUUAGCCUUGGUGCUAUGUGUGUGCAGAGUGAGCCACACCAAACUUCAUGUGCAACACCCUGACAUUCCCAAUUUUGAAGCCAGUUUAAAUAUACAUGUUAAAAGUGCCAUUUAAAAGACAGUGACUCACCUAACAGGAAAUGUGCAGUUGAUAAAGGAAAUUACUAAGCGUCACAGAGACAAAUGCUGCCAUCUGAAAAGGGGCGCACACACUCUGUUCAGACUGAGUCAUGUUGAAUCUGGUCACAAGGGAAUUUCCUCCUGUUGCCAUUAAGUGCCUCAAGCCAGUGGGUCAUUUCAGGUGUGACGUCUCACUGCUGAGCAGGACAGGUAGACUUCGACUGGGCCUGUGACAUCAGUCUCCUCUCGUAACAUUUUUUAAGCAACUGAACGGUGGCUUGUUAUUUAGAAACAAACUCCAAACGGGCCAUAAGGCUGACCAGAUUUCCUCCAAGGGCACCGGUGGAUUUUUUUAAAGCAUUACCCCACUGCCCCGAGGCAUAUCAAAUAUGAAUAGAAUGCGGCUCAAUCGAUUCGAGUGGGCGAGUAAUCAGAGCAUUGCAGUCUGACGCUCAAAUCCUGUUCCAACCUGCGUCUUGGUCCAUAAGUGCGCACACUCAAGAAACAUGCAAAGCACACACAUCUAUCUGUGCACACUCCCACACAUGCGUACACUCGGAGGUAUGACUGGAUUCCCUUUUCUUGACAGACAUAGAAAGUUCAGUGUCUCGUUUUUUUUGUG